AUGGUCGCACUUCUGCGGCAGUCCAACGCGUUCCUCGAGGAGCUCGCGCACCCCAUAGCCCGCGUCUUUGACCUGCCGUAUCUACCCCCGCACUUCCCCGCGCUCGUCUAUGCGUUCCUGGGCUUCUACGUGCUGCAUCUAGUCGUCUCGCCGCUGCUGAGCGCACGGCUCUUCCCUGUGAGCUAUGGCAAACUCGCUACGCGGCGCCAGAUUAACAAUUGGAACAUACAGGUCGUAUCGUUCCUGCAUGUUUUUGUUGUGGUCCCGCUGGCUGCGCGAUGUCUGUGGUCGGAGAGCUUGAAUGAAGACAGGGCGUUCGGCUGGGACGACAAGCUUGGGACUACUGUCGCAGUCGCGUGUGGAUACUUCCUAUGGGACUGUGUGGAUGGGAUCCUCAAUUUUGACGAUGUCGGGUUCAUAGUACAUGGCGUAUCGUGCUUCAUUAUCUACAUGGGGAUCUUCCGGCCUUUUCUUGGCUACUAUGCGUGCCGAUUCCUCUCCUGGGAGCUCAGCACGAUCUUCCUGAAUAUCCAUCGCUUCCUCGACCGGACAGGACGGACGGGUAGCACCGCGCAGGCGGUCAACGGCGCGUUCCUCCUUGGCACGUUCUUCUUUGCGCGCAUCGUGUGGGGGUGGUACAAGACCGUGGACCUCUACCUGACGCUCUACGCCGCGCGGGACGAGAUCUCGUUAGGUUACUUCGUUAUUUACGGCUGUGGUAGCUCUGCGCUACACUCGCUCAACGCGAUGUGGAUGUACAAGAUGGUGUUGGCACUGAAGAAGCGGUUUGAUGGGUCUGACUCGAAGCCGAAGGUGCACACCAACGGGACUGCCAAGAUUAAUGGGGGACUUAAUGGCGCUGCGAAGGGACUAGCGAACGGGUACGCCAACGGUAAGGCGAACGGCAAGGCUGAGUGA